GCAUGAUGAAAACGCGUCCGUUUAAUCAUUAACGUGGAGAUUGAAAAGGUUUUCCUUUGCGCGUUGUUGUGCAGUCCAGCGAGCGCUUUUGCCAUGAGCACCUUCGCGCACAUCCUCAAGGAGAUUGGCGAGUUUGGCUUGUUCCAGAAACGCCUGGUGGCCGCUUUGUGCGUCCCCAGCAUCUUCAUCGCCUUCGACACCAUCAGCCACGUCUUUACAGGCCUCGACUUCCCACACUACUGCAAUGUCGAUUGGAUCCUGUAGCGGGUGGAUGCCAACCUGACCUUGGAGAGGCAGAAGGAGCUCGCCAUCCCCGCAAGCCCGGAUGGAAACUUCCAGAGCUGCCUCAUGUUCACGCCAGUCGACUCCGACCUGGAGACUAUCGAGCUGUACGGCCUGAACUCAACCACUGGCUGCCUUAAUGGAUCCAAGUUUGAGGUGACACCUGGGGCGUCCAGCAUUGUGACAGAGUUUAAUCUGGUGUGUGAUAGGAGGACGUUCAUUGAGGCGUCUCAGUCCAUUUACAUGGCCGGACUUCUGAUUGGAGGCUUUGUGUCGGGCGCAAUGGCCGACAGGUUUGGUCGCCGCUUUGUAGUCUUGCUCGCCCAUCUUCUUCUUCUCUUGUUUGGCGUCAGUACCGCCUUCUCUCCCAACGUCUACGUUUAUAUUGUUCUCAAGUUCCUGUGUGGCGUGUCCACGGCGGGAAUCCUCACCAACGCAUUUGUGAUAGGUGGCGAGUGGUGCAAGUCAUCUAAGUUUGCCUUCUGCACCAUCGUCAGCCACAGUUUUUAUUCCAUCGGUCUCAUGAUAUUGUCCGGCCUCGCCUAUUUCAUCCACAACUGGAGGAUCCUCCAACUGGCUCUCUACGGCCCUCUUCUUAUUGUGCUGUCCAUAUUUUACUGGAUUCUUCCAGAAUCGGCUCGCUGGCUCAUCACUCAAGGCAGGAAAGCGGAUGCCGUGAGGGAAGUGCGCAGAGCGGCAAAAGUCAACGGGAAGGAAAUGUCGCAAGAUCUGCUGGACAAGAUGGAGGUGGGUGAGACACCAAAGAGAGGUAGCAUGGUGGACAUCUUCAGGAUACCAUAUCUGAGAAAAUGUGUGCUUAUCAUGGGCUACAUCUGGUUUGCAAUCACAUUGUUGUACUACGGCCUGAGCCUGAACGUUGGCAACUUCGGACUGAACAUCUACCUGACGCUGUUGAUCUUUGGCCUGGCCGAGCUUCCCGCCCGUUUAGGGUCUUUGCCACUGAUUGGGCGCUUCGGGAGACGACGGUGUGAGGUCGUGUUGUUAAUGUUUGCAGGGGCCACUUGCCUCGCCAUCAUUACCGUGCCCAAAGACCUUCCCGUCGUCGUGACCGUCAUCGCCAUAUUUGGGAAAUCUGCAUCCACUGCCUCCUACACCAUUGUGUAUGUUUACACGGCAGAACUGUACCCCACCACGCUAAGGCAGAAUGGCAUCGGUCUGAACUCAGUGUGCGCACGUGUGGGAGGCAUCCUGGCCCCCCUGGUAAGGCUGCUGGGCGUCUACCACGACGCGAUCCCCAUGUUGGUGUACGGCAUCAUACCUGCGAGUGCAGGCGGCCUCUGUCUGCUGCUGCCAGAGACCCUCAAUGCUGAACUUCAGGACCAUGCACAGCUCAGGGGCAUUGACGAGGCAUACAAAGCGGAUGGAGAAAAACGAGUCCAAAGCACGGCAUUGUAGUUGAUAUGGACGAUGAGGGGCACUUUGUUACCAUGGCAACAGAUACAGAUGCCCAUUUCAUGAUCACAAAUUAGCAUUUUGGACACUUAUAUCUGUGUACUGCCCAGGUCAUCUCCCAGGCUCUGUAGAUAGGAUAUGAGAUGUGUCAUGUAUAUACAGUAUUAUGCACUCCUGUUUAUAUUGACUUUUUAAUUGCUCUAAUCUGCCUACCCAUGCAAA